UUCCUCUGCAAGAAAAAGAGGGGGUGAAAAGAAGGCUAAACCCAUAGCUUAGAGUAACCAAAGAUCCAAAUUGAAACGCCAUCUUUUUCCCCCUCCUGAGUUGCUUUCUGAGGAGAGAGAGUGAGAGAGAGAAUGGCAACAGUUUCCACAGCCAAGUCCCUGAACUACACAGAAUCAGUCUACUCAUCAUCAAAAACCAGCUUAGGAUAUCCCCAAAAACAGGUGAUUUUCUUCACCAGAGGCAAGAAAACCAACAAGAGAGGGCCAUGGCUGAUAACCUGCUCAGCAGGUGACCAACAGACAGUUGUGAUUGGGCUUGCAGCAGACUCAGGGUGUGGGAAGAGCACAUUCAUGAGAAGGCUAACCAGUGUGUUUGGAGGGGCAGCAAAGCCACCAAGAGGUGGAAAUCCAGACUCCAACACACUCAUCAGUGACACUACCACUGUGAUAUGUUUAGAUGACUACCAUUCAUUGGAUAGGACUGGAAGAAAAGAGAAGGGAGUCACUGCUCUUGACCCAAGAGCCAAUGACUUUGAUCUCAUGUAUGAGCAAGUCAAGGCUCUCAAGGAUGGGAUUGCAGUUGAGAAACCAAUUUACAAUCAUGUCACAGGUCUCCUAGAUCCACCUGAGCUUAUUAAGCCCCCUAAGAUCCUUGUCAUAGAAGGCCUACACCCAAUGUAUGAUUCACGAGUCAGGGAUCUUUUAGACUUCAGCAUUUACUUGGACAUCAGCAACGAGGUCAAAUUCGCAUGGAAGAUUCAGAGAGACAUGGCGGAGAGAGGCCACAGCCUCGAAAGCAUCAAAGCAAGCAUCGAAGCACGAAAGCCAGAUUUCGACGCAUAUAUCGAUCCACAGAAGCAAUACGCCGAUGCGGUGAUCGAAGUUUUGCCGACGCGACUGAUUCCAAAUGACAACGAAGGGAAAAUUCUUAGGGUUAGAUUGAUAAUGAAGGAAGGAGUAAAGCAUUUCAAUCCAGUUUACCUGUUCGACGAAGGCUCCACAAUUUCAUGGAUUCCUUGCGGGAGAAAGCUUACGUGCUCGUAUCCUGGAAUCAAGCUUUUCUGUGGCCCUGAAACCUACUUCGGCCAUGAGGUGAGCGUGUUGGAGAUGGAUGGGCAAUUUGACAGAUUGGACGAACUGAUAUAUGUAGAGAGCCAUCUAAGCAACAUCUCCACCAAAUUCUAUGGCGAAAUCACACAACAAAUUCUGCAGCACUCUGAUUUUCCUGGAAGCAACAAUGGCACAGGCCUCUUUCAGACCAUCAUUGGCUUGAAAAUCAGAGACCUGUAUGAGCAGAUUAUAACCUCCAACCAACCUUCUCAGCCUCAAUCAGCAAAGGCCUAAAUCUUGUCGGUUCGGUUUGUUCGUCGAGUGGUAUCGGAUCGGUAGUAGUUUUGUGAUAUAGAGAAUUACAUGUAUUGUUUUGUUCGGAGUGUAAACAAUAAAUUUAUUGUAGGAAUAAAUCUCGUCUCCAUGCUUUGAGAUAUUUUCUG